AUGGUACUAGAAAUUCGUUCUCCUACUUCUUCUUGCUCUGUCAGUCUGAAAUCAAAGAAAACAAUUUUCUGCUUUCAAGUUUACUUUACGUCUACUUUCAACUCAUUUUUCUUGUUCUCUCGAGGCGUCCUCACUCACUUCUUUGCUUUAUUACGUUCUUACUUGAAAAAACACUCACGAUUUUGAUUUUCACGCACAGUCCGAAGUCGAAGAAACGUUGAACCGGAUUAAGACGCAUAAGGGUGUGCAAGGGAUCGUGAUUGUCAACGCCGAAGGCGUACCGAUUCGAUCGACUCUAGAUCUCAAGUUCACUCUGCAGUAUUCUAGUCUCAUUUCGCAACUCACAGCGAAAGCACGCUCUGUCGUCAGGGACCUGGAUCCUCAGGUACUUGUUUCUCUGUGCCUUACUUAUAAGGGACUACUUGGAAUUACAUGCACGACCUCAAGUUUUUAGCAAUAGCAUCAUCAUGGUGCCUCAUUUAGUUCUGCUUCUGGUAGCCUACUUGUUGUUCUGGUUUUUCUCACAAUUUACAAUUUAUUACUCGGACAAGUUGUGCAUGGGUUACUAUGUCCAUUUCGUUUUCGUUGUUGAGCACCAACCAAUAGUUCAUCCAUUCUACUUCUAUCAGAAUCACCACAAUUUGCAUUAUCAUGUUUUUCCAAUCCAACACCAGAACGACUUAACCUUCUUGCGAAUCCGAAGUCGAAAGCAUGAGAUCAUGGUGGCACCGGAUAAAGAGUACUUGCUGAUUGUAAUCCAGGAUCCGAAUGCUGAUCAAGCGGUAUAGGAUGAGGAGGACGAAUGCUCCUCAUCAAGAAGCAGUGUGGGAACAAGGGUUACGGACAACAAGGACGAGCUUGGUCAUGCACGUACACCGAGUAUCUGAUUGAUUAUUGACAAGCACUCUUGAAAUUAAUACAACCUGUCAACAUCUAUGAUCUACUGAUAAUUACAACGAUGUUCAUAUUUACUAGCAUCCAUUUUUAUCCUACCCCCCCCUAUGUAAGUAAGAACUUAAGUAAAAAUGCCGAUGCACGGGCAUUAUCGUCGCUGCAGUUUGAUUACGAUGUUGAAGAAGGAAACAUCAAAAUCAACAGUGAGUACUCAUCCUCAUUCAGCGGUCGUUCGAAAUGAGAUGGAAGAACCAGCUUGAUUCCAGAGCUUGACCAUCAUCUCGUGCUUGAUUUUCAUACCUCGAAACUUCAUCAGAACAAAAUCUUGAUAAAUAGCCUUUUUUUAUUCCCCAACACGUUACGAGCAAAUGAAGCUACUACACUAGUACAAGAUAUGACAAACUCAUCCCACGGUUGGUCCAAAGAGACAUCAGCUGACUUAGAAAGAAAAUACUUACCUCUAACUAUGUUGCACAGUUACAAGGCGCUAGUCAUCAGAAAGGACGAGGAACAUCAUGAUGUAAAAGACAGGCGCCCGUGGUACGUAAAGUAGAAAGGGCGGACCGGGAGCAGCGGUAAAGCUGCAGAGAGAAUCGAAGUGCAUUUAAUUGGAGACAAGAUGAACUGACUCUGUCUGGGCCUCCUGAGUCCUGGAUGAAACGUAGGCACAACUAGCUGGAGGCGCGGCUUUUCCACUUGCUGCACUUAUCUUCAUCAUUUCAAUUUCACUUUAGUCCUGCAUACAUUGGCACUCGCUCGUUCAUCUCUCUCGGUAUUUUAGGCAGUCAUUUAUAUGGUACAACUGGCGUGUUUAAUAUUUAUAGUAAAUAGUAUACCAUGCCCAUGGUUUCCCUCUACUGUUGAACUGGCGUGUUUCCCUCGUCUAGAAUGUACAACAUGUGCGCACGACUAGAUGAACGUCGCGCCACGUUCGAAACAAGAUGCUCUUCUAGGCUCUUUGUAGCGCUGCUCCUGGGUCUCUCAUCUACAUUCGCAUAUGCGCGGCGAAAGCGAAGUCUGUCUCUUUUGUUGGAUAGAGCGGCCUUUCCCGGAGGAGAGGGUAGUCAUGAUCGCUCAACUUCUUGGCAUCCAAAUUCGC